GUAGGUGCACCUGAACGCAGCCUAACUUUUCCCCCCGAGCCCUGAACUUUUCCUUCAGCUCGGGGGAAGUUUCCUCGGAGGUUUCCUCGGAAGUUUCCUCGGAAGUUUCCUCGGAAUAUUCCUUCAACUCGGUGAAGUUCUCUUUGAAGUUUCCUUUGAAGUUCCCUGGGCUCGUUUCCUUUCAGCUCGGUGAAGUUUCCUCGGCUCGUGUCCUCAGCUCGUGUCCUCGGUGUCUCCUCGGUCUGCUGGAGGCUUGUUGUCUGUCCCCACAGAGGAUGUGACCGAACCGUGACUCAAGACCAUGCAGAGCCCUCACGCCUGCUGACGUCAGAGCCGUGCUUUCCUCUGUUGCAGGUCAGCGCGCGGACUCACUUUGUUUUGGAGGAAGAACUUUGACAUGAAGCUGAGUCUCGUUGACUUUUCAAAGCCGCUUCCUCCUCCUCCUUCAUCUUCUUCUUCAUUCCGACGCGAAGCAGCGACACCGCAGCCGGAGACAAUGUGGCGGAAGCUCUCGGGACAUGUGGCGGCGCUGGGGGACGUGUUGCACGGCAGGAGUCGGUGGAGGUCCGCGGCGGUGGCCGUGGUCCUCCUGGCCCUGCUGGCCGCGUCCUGCCGGGCAGAGGAAGCCUCCUGCCACGGAGCCUACGACCUGUACUUCGUCUUGGACAAGUCUGGAAGCGUCUCCGCCAACUGGAUCGAGAUUUACUCGUUUGUGAAGAACCUCACCGACAGAUUUGUGAGCCCCAGCAUGAGAGUCUCCUUCAUCGUCUUCUCAGCCAGAGCCACGGUCCUGCUGCCUCUGACCGGAGACAGGUACGAGAUAGAAAAGGGUCUGGAGCGUCUGAAGGCCGUGAAACCAGCCGGUGAAACGUACAUGCACGAGGGAAUCAAAGAGGCAUUGGAGCAGAUUCAGAAACAGUCCAAAAAGUCCUCCAGCAUCAUCUUGGCUUUGACCGACGGGAAACUUGACGUUUACAUCCACGAGCUCACAGUGAAAGAGGCGGAUGAGGCGAGGAAGUACGGCGCCCGUGUUUACUGCGUGGGCAUCAAGGACUUCGACGAGCAGCAGCUCGCCGAAAUCGCCGACACCAAGGACCAAGUGUUUCCUGUCAAAGAUGGCUUCCACGCACUCAAGGGCAUCGUCAACUCGAUAUUGAAGCGAUCGUGCACAGAGAUUCUGAGCGUGGAGCCGUCCAGUGUCUGCGUGAACGAGUCCUUCGACAUCGUCCUCAGAGGAAACGGCUUCAAACUCGGCCGCAGCAGCGAAGGCGUCGUCUGCAGCUUCAUAGUCGACCAGCAAACCUUCAAUCAUAAGCCGAGCGCAGUGAGGAACGAUUACCUGCUGUGUCCUGCACCCAAGCUCUAUGAAGUCGGACAGACCAUGGACGUUCUCAUCAGCCUGAACGACGGCAAAUCCUUCAUCUCCAGCUCGUACACCAUCACUGCUUCCACGUGUUCGGACGGCUUUGCGGUGGCGAUCGUCUUCCUGGUGCUGCUGAUCCUCGUGGCUCUGGCCCUCAUGUGGUGGUUCUUUCCUCUGUGCUGCACACUGGUCAUCAAAGACCCGCCGCCACCUCCUCCACCUUCCCGUCCUCCGCCACCUGAGCCGGAGCCGCUGCCCAAGUCGCAGUGGCCGACUGUCGACGCCUCCUACUACGGAGGAAGAGGAGCUGGAGGAAUCAAACGCAUGGAGGUGCGUUGGGGUGAAAAGGGCUCGACGGAGGAGGGGGCCCGGCUGGAGAAAGCCAAGAACGCCAUCGUGUCCUUACCAGAUUACGUAGAGGAGCCAAUUGUGAAACGUCCCCCCCCGAAGCCGGCUCCCACCUACCACGCAGAGAAUAAGUGGUACACUCCCAUCAAGGGUCGUCUCGAUGCUUUCUGGGCGUUGUUGGGGCGGCAGUACGACCGAGUCUCCCUCAUGCGUCCCAGCUCGGCAGAGAAGGGUCGCUGUAUUAAUUUCAACCGAGUGCAGCAUCAGUAGAAAACACAGACGAGCGAGUGACAAGCAACUCGAGAAGAAGAAGUUUCAGGUUUUUUUAUUUUUAUUAUUUCCAUUUUUAUUUUUUUAAAAGAUGUAUAAUCCUGCAGCUAAAACCACUUCCUGUUCCCCCCGCUUCACUUUGUGCACAAAGUUUCUGCUUCUCCGCUCGAAGCUCACACACACACGACGGCUGAAAUGUUAAUAUUGUUAUUCCUUAAGUUAUUUACAAGCUUUUCUUUAAACACACGUGCACUUAAAAAAUAAGGUUUUAAUUUAUUUUAAUAAGGGUCGCCCCAGAAGCCGGCGCUCGGACUCCGUUACCAAAGGCUUCACAUAUUCUGACCAUAUUGUGCCUUCUGUGAAAAACCACAUUUCACGUACACAGACGGAAGCUAUCUAACAAAAUAAAUAAAUAAAUAAAUAAAAACCACGGAGGGAAGGGGCUGUUUGCCGUCGGCGAGGAAGUGGGAACAAUCCCAGUGGGGCCUCACCAGUGCAGAAGUCCACUGCCUCUUGGCAAUGUCUCCUCGCGACUCCUGUCCAACUCCAGCGGGGCCGGGUGCCCGGCGGCCGCCCUCUGACGGGCUCCUCUUGUCAUUUUAACACUGAGAAGUGCACACGCAUGACAAAUUGUGGACAGGAUGCCCCAAGGUACUAGAAAGGCAUCAAGACUUCGCCCUGUAGUUGAGUUUUUUUUUUUUUUUUAAGACACCUUCCUUUCAUUAUGCACUCGGGACAAGGAAAUUAAUAGAGCGUUAUUCGACCGCGGGACAGCCUCCUCGCCACGAUGAGCCUCGGCUCCGUUUGAGGGAUUGAUGCCUUGAAGACCUUGACAUGGCGCUUGGUGUUUCCUGCCCCUGUUUCCAGCGCAGUCUGCUCUCUGCUCGGCAAGGCGUAGCACAUCACCGCCCAUAAACAGGCCCAUCACUUAAGACUUCCAAGAUAUAGAUACAGCCGCCCCGACGCCGCUCGGCCCCGGCGUCUCAAUCCCUCUGAGGGGCCCGGGCCGCGUCACGACCCGGUGGUUCUCUCGGCACCGGAAUAUCAAAGUUUAAUUAAAAUAAUUAAAGGCAACAGCAAGCAGCAGCCUGUGAAGCCUCUUUUUUUAUGCCUUUUGACAUUGGAUGACCUAAUACCGCGUUAUUCUCAGGAAAAAGAGGACACGGCGCCGCGGUGACGCCGCGCCACCUCCGAAACGCAAACUAAAAGCAACGGAUGCGAUGGACGGAUAAGUAUUGUUCAUUUCCAGAAAUUAUGUGACCCCCCCCGCCCCUCAACCCACCCCAAAAAGCAGGGGAUAUAUACUUAUAUAUAUUGUGGAUUUCUCAAGCGCGCUGUCAUGACGCCAAUCCCAAAUGAUGUCAGCGUGAGCGGAAACACUGUGGGGGAGGAAAGGGGGCAGCAGCUGAAGAAAAAGGCUCGAAUGAUCCAGUCACUUCGGAUUCCGUACUUCAGAUGCAAAAUGGAUAUUCGAGUCGAAACCUGACAAAGCGCGGCGGCUUUGACGGGAAGCGGUAUAGACAAUGACCAGUGGCUGGGUCAGUGGGAUGUCUCUGUGCAAGCAGGGAAGCUUAUCAAAUGACACUAAAAAUAAGUUCAACAACCAUCAAGUUUCAGGGGGGAAUGGGCGUCUCCCGGUCGGUGGGCGCGGGGCGCGUGCGGGCGGGCGGGCGCCGCGCGACACGCCGCUCUAAUUAUUCCUUUGUUUCCUCUUCGUCCUGAUCGGAGGGACGUAAAUAAACCCAAUCAAAUCCUGGGGGGGUGCACUGGUAUUUAUGUCCGACUUCAACACUUUUAGCCUCUUGCAUAAUUUUUGCGGGCGGAUGUUUCACAGGCUCGUCAGCGUUUUUUCUGGACGAGGACGUUUUCGUUUUUGUCGUCUUUGUUACGACGAGGAGCACGAGGACGUUUUCAACCCGGACUAAUGAGAUAUUUACACAACCGUCACAACACACGUCGCCACGGCAGCAACACGUCACAUGUCCCCUUGUGUGUCCUCGCACACACACACACACACACACACACACACACACACACACGCACGCACACGGUAUUUAAAUUGUCCAACACUUUUUUAUUGUACAUAAAAUAAAUAUUUUUGUUGUAAAUGAAUGUUUUUGAUGAAAAAUUUGUAUUUUUGUGUUUCUGCUUUUUUUUAAAAAUAAAGUUGUUUUAUUGUUUAAGAUUCAAAAGUGAAAAAAAAAAAGAGAAGAUAAGUUUACUUUUAUUUUUAAAACAUUUAACUUUUCAACAGUUUAAAUUCAACAGUUCGGGUCGAAAACAAGUCGUUGAUGCGUCUUUAUUUUAUUUUUUUAUCCACAUUUCAACCAGAUUGUAGCUUGAAUGUCAUUCGCCUGCUUCGGUUUCUGCUCAGUUUCAACUCAUCGACUGUAAAUUAUCAUUUCAUUGUCUUUAAGAUUGUGUUUUUUAUAUAUUCUCAUAUUCACGAAGCACCUUUGAUUCCAGGUUCAACUCACACGUGUGAGUUGAAACCCCAAAAAAAACCAAAUAUGGCUUUUUUGUAUUGUUGAGUUUUACACUGUUUGUAUUUUCAGACGAAUAAACCCUGUUGUGUUAAAUACACAUUGUAGGAAAAA